CUAAAGCUCCGCCAAAGAAGAAGAGAGGGAGACCCACAAUACAAAUGUUUACAUUUAUUUUUAGUUCAAGUUGACAGUGGAGUAGAUUUAUGUUGAAGUGUUGAAUGUUGCAAUCCUGAACUUUGCGAAGAACUUUAGGUUCACUCAGAUAUGGCAUCAGAAGAUCCAACAGACCUAAAAAACGUAUUGAGUGCUCUAAAUACUAGCAAAAAUUUGACCCAUUGGCACAAGCCGCCUAAAGAUUUCGGACCAGAUAACCCAGAGUACUCAGAUUACAACAGGAAUGACCUAACAGAUCCAGGGGAUCUUAGUCUUGUUAGUUUUACUGAAGAGUUUGCCUUUGGUGAUGAUUCAUCUAGUGAUGAUGCAGUUGAUGGAAAUACUGAAGAGGAUGAGAAUGAAGAUGAACAUCAUUCUGAUGUUGACUUAAUGCCAGAUGUCGUUACAUCACAGGAUUGGAUGGAUCCUGCAGAAGAAAUCAAAGACAAUGAUAGACACCCAUCCCUCAGGACAGCUGAAUUAGCACGUCACCAGAACUGUGUGUUAAUGAAAAUACAAGAUUUGCAACUUGAAGAAGAGUGCAGAAAAACUUCAGAUCAAAAGGUGGUCUCUUGUUAUCAAAAGUACCUGCUCCAACUAAAGGAAAUUAGGCGGCAGCAUCGGUCACAGUACAAACAGUAUUGCAAGGAGCGUGAUGAGAAUCUUGAAUUGGAGGUAAAAAGAUUGCAAAAGCAGAAAGAAGAAAUACGCCGUACCAUUCAGCAGAAUGACCUUGAAUAUGACAAGUAUAUCGAGCAGAAAUCAUUGGAACUGAACCAGCUUAUAGAGGCUGCUGAGCGCAGGGAGAUAGAGCACAGGAACAUUAUUGAAGGUCUUGUUAAAGACCUACAUACUCUUAAGGCUACCUAUAUAGAAAAACAUGAAGAAAUGAAGCAGUUACUGAGAGAACUGAAUAGUGAUGAGUCUCUGAAUAUGACUGUUGAAUCUAUGAAGAAUGAAGCAAUAAAACCUGUAGAUGAUAUGUUAGAACUUGUGACAAAGGAAGCCCAGACAAAAGAGGAGCUUACAGAAAUUAAAACAAGCAUUGAGACAAAUUUAAGCUAUGUGGAUGGCAUUGUUCAGACUCUUAUUAUAAAGAGAGAAGAACAAGAGCAGCAAGAAUCAGAACGUGUUAGCUAUGAAGAGUCCCAGACAAGAUUAAAACUUGAGCAAGAAAAACAAACCCUAGUUAUGGAAAAUGAAGUGCGUCAGGCUAACCAAGUAGUUACCGAAGUUGAAGCAAAAGAAGAAAAUAAACAAGCUGUAAUCAUCACUCUAGGGAGGAAAAGAUAUGAAGACUUACAGAAGAAAAUGGAGGACCAUAUCAACUGUCUCAACGUGAUAAGUAAUGAAAAGAAGAAAGAAAUAGGAUGGAUAUUUACUACAAUUAAUCAGCUGGAUAGUACCAAUCACAAUAUCAAUAGAGAAAAGUUGCAAAAGCUCAUAGCCUAUUUAAGUGGUCGUAAUGUGCAACACAAUAAGAGAGUUUACUGUACCAAUAAUGACCCAUUAACUACAGCAUAUGUAAAAUUUAAGCUGAUAAAGGACAUGGUUAAAGUAGCAUUAGACACACAAGCCAAGGAGACAGGUGGCAUUGCAGCAUAUGCAUGGUUGAUAAUCAGCCUUAUAACAGUGUAUCCAGAUCUGUGGGAAAUAUUUCUUUACCAUAUCUACACAACAUGUCCAUACUUGGUGCCUUUGUUCAUUUAUCAGAAGGAAGGACAAAGCCAAGAUGAUUAUGACAAGGAAAGAGGGAAGAGAACAAAAGAGGGCUUUGAUCUCUAUUUAACCAGAAUGGGAAAUGCUGCUCUCUUGUUUGGUUUAGUGUUGGCAAAGAUGUGCAAGAAAAGUGGAAUGCCAGAAGAGGCACCCGUAGUUGGGUGGAAAUUUGUUGCUGGUCUACUCAUGCUUGACCCUUCUCCUGGCAUUUCAGCUGAAGUCCUUAGACAGUUCUUAUUAGGUGUUGGGUCAGAACUCCAGCAAAGCUAUGGAAAGCAGUUUGCAAAACUGAUGGAUUAUGCAACAGACUCAUACUUGGUUCAGCUAGAGGAGAUCACCAGUAUAGCUAAGGAAGGAGAAUCCUCAAGGAAUCAAUUGCAACAAUUGUUUGAGGAAUAUAAAAAAACUCGGAAGCUGAAGCCAAAUGAACAUAUAAACAAAUAUAAUUAAAAUUACCUUUUAUCUUAUAGUCAGGGAUUUACCAGAUUAUAUAGUCAGGGAUUUACCAUUUUAAAUAAUCAAGUUGCUACUGUGGAGAGAAAAAAUUCUGCAUUGCGUAUAUUUGUUGUAAGUUGCCUUAUUAAAAUGUGAAUUGUGUAUACUUAGUAACUCUUAAGAAGUGCACUUGAUCAUGGUUUGAGUGAAUAAAUUGAAGCAAGAAAUAAUAUUGUUUCAACACUUUUCUACCAGAGGUGAUUUCUGGUUGGCGAUUCUGUUUUUGAAGCAUUUGAUCUUAAAUUUGGUCUACGAAGUACAAGAUUACUAGCACUGUGCUACAUAAUUUCACAUUUGACAAAUUGAAUUAUUAGUGCUUUUCCUGUUACAUACCUUGAUUAUUUUUUGUUAGAAUAAAGGCAACAAUUUUAUACCUAUUUUCUACAGGCUAUUUUGUGUGCUUAAUAUGAAAGAUUGCAUAUAAUACUGUGAUAUAUUAUACGGUAAUUCACUUGUAAAAAAGAAAAUUUUUUUUUAUCGGCAUUAAUAAUACUGGUUUAUAUUUUCAGUUUUUGCUCCUCAACUUCUGUGAUAAAAUGUUUUACCUUCACAUCUUUUGUGUUAUUGUACUAUGGAAUUUUCCAAUGAAUGACUUUGGGCUUACAUCAUUUCAGUUUUUACUUGGAAUGUGGGUAAACUAUUUUAAGUUGAUAAAUGCAAGUUUAAUUUUAAACUGAUAUAGAGACAGCAGUGAAUACUGAUUAAUUAAAAGUCCAUAGCUCUGACAAACAUUGCAUUGUGUAUUUCCAUAUUCAGUUUAAAUAAAAUGGAAAAUUAUUUUAUCUUGGAAAUUUAAGGUUGAUGACUAAAGUAAUUAUAAUAGAAGCAUUACAUACUGAUGGAAGCCUAAUUAGGAGUACAUAUGGUGUUUGAAAAGUACCUAUUUUAUUAAGUGGUGACAUACCAAGAUGCAUGUGUUUAAGUACCUGAAAUCAUAGCAUUGUAUUUAUUUUAUUACUUGUAUAUCAAGAAUGACAAUUUUUUAGCUGUACGUAUUAUAAUUAACCAAGUUGGUUGUAAUGUUUAAAAUAUCUUCAGUAUUUGAAAGUAUGACUUCACUAUAAAACUUAUUUUUAAUUACAAAAUCAGGUUCUAUUCAAUAACAGACUGACAUACCUUAAAGUAGAGUUAUAAAUUUAUUUGAUAAAAUUGUGCAUAUGGUGUUUUCAUUUUAUAGCAAUGGUGCAACUGGCAUAUAAAUAUAAAUUAAAAAAAAAAUGCUUGGCUAACCCACUAGGACUGUUUCUGUAAUCACCUGUUUCCCACUAGUUGGCGCUGGAACGUUUAUGUUCUUGUAGGAAUUCUUAAUGCCAUGUCCUUAUGCAAACGGUGAGAAUCAGCGCUAGUAAAAAUUUUGAUCAUUUCUGGCUGAUUUUCUCCUGUAUGGUACUGGGCUUGUUUUCUGUUUUUGCAUUAUGUAACCUACAAUAAGCAGAGAUGAAAGCAUCAGGCUGUAUUGGAAAAAGUCUGUGGAAACCAAAUGUUCCAGUUGUACAUGGCCAUAUGGCCUAUGUGUUAGCCUAGCUGUUGAAGGCAUGAGUGUUGUUUUCAUGAUAUUUAGAUAAUAAGGAGUUUGUUUGUCUGUCUGGUGUUUUACGUUGGAUAAGAAGUAGUGAUCUGAUGAGAGGAUGAAAUUUUGUGAAGUAUCGAAUGUGUUAGACCUCCUCUGUCUUUUCCUUUUGUCUUCUGAUGUUGCUUCUCCUCCUCCUCCAUUAGCCUGCUAGUAGCCUAAGUUAAUUCCUCUCUCUCUUCUGCUUUGCCUUUGCUCUCUGUGAUUAAGGAGAAAUAUUUUUUCAUUAUGGUUAGAAAUUUCACCAUAUCAGGGUGAAGAUUGCUCUCCCCUAUAACUGACCUUUUUUCGGUUUCCCCCGCGUGAGAGGUACUGGAGCAUUGGCAUCUGUUUGCAGCCUGCUCUCUGGACUGCCCUGGGUCCAUAGGUCCUCUCUGUGGGCAAGGGACCAUGCUAUAUCUCAGGACCAAGGUCUGUGCCCUUUACCACCUUUCUCAGCAGUCUCUCCGGUUCGGGUUUGGUGCGUUCUCCUGACGAGUUGUUUGGUAAUUUGGCACUCAAAUUUACCAGCUCACGCAUUGUCUGUUUUGGGGAGAGUGAUGAUGUGUGUGAACUGGUAGAGUUACUUAUUGACACUAAGCCAUGUGUCAGUUCUCCUGUUAUCAUUUGCUUACCUGGUAUCGUCCUCCGAGCAAAUGAUAACUCUCCCCAGUCUUAUUUAGUUGUCCUCUCUAUCAUCUUGUAUUCAUCACCUUGUUUUGAGGUACAUGGAGUAUCACCAUUCAAGACAAUUGCAUAGUAUCAGGUUCAUGAAGGUGGUAUGCAUGCACUACCAACCUUCCUCUUUUCAGUUCUAGACUUCUUAUGAUUCAGUAAUUUUGGUUGGAAGGGUUUGGAGGAAAACAAACAAUAUUGAGCACUCAGGAAGGUGGUAUGCACUGCCAGGUGUACAAUGAAGCAAAACAAACAUAAUAGCUGGCUACCUAGAUUCAGACAUUUGGAUAUAUACUGUAUACAAACAUGGAAAUCCAUUUUAGCGCUUGCCUAAAAAUUUGCAAUUUAUGGCACCAUAAUGUGCCGAAUUCCAGUUAUCAGUGCCACAAGGCACUGAUAAUACAUAAGAGUUAUGGUGCCAUAUCAUACCUAACAGAGGUGCCAUUAACUAGUGAUCAGAGCUAUUAAUCAGAUAUCAGCACCAUAAAUAGCCGAGUUAUAGUUAAUGGUGGUUUUUAUUUAUCAGCACCCCGCCAAUAACUGCCUGUAUAUGAUAAAAACUUCAGCAAGGCAGUCCCUAGUUAUCAGUGGACUCGGUUAAUGGCCAUCUGGUUUUAUGGCGUUUGUCUAGAAGGGCGAUUUAUAGCACCAUAAUGCGCAGAGUUUCAGUUAUGGUGCCAUAACAUAUCUAACAGAGGCACCAUUGUCUGGUUAUCGGCACCAUAAGUGCCAUAAAUCACCAAGUUUCAGUUAAUGGCAUUUUUUACUUAUCAGCACCCUGCUGAGAACGGAACCCCCACCAUUAACCGGGGAUGUCCUGUAUUUAGAAAUUGACGAAAUUGAGUUACAUGGCAACACUCACUCGUGGUAUCCAGUGUUGCGACUCGAGUGGAAGGGAGUUUAUAGUAAACCGUUUCGCCUUGUGCUUCUGGCCAGUAAUCAUCGAAUGUGUUGUAUGCUCUCAUGUUUAUUACUGUGAUACGUGAAAAAAUAUGCAACUAAGAAAUCAUGUUUGUUUAUUGAGAAUACAAGCAUGAAAAUGUAAAAAAAUCUUCAACGAAAGUAUAAAACCAUUUGUAAUUUGGUUUUUCCGUGCUUCUCUUCUGUCUUCUUUCUCUGGAGAUACCUCAGUAAAAAGUUCAUACGUGAUGAGGAAUGAAUAUACUAGCCACGUGAAAUAUGACUCAUUUACUUUAUUUCAUUACCAAGAAAAUUGGUUCGGUAGUGAAUGCAAUGUUUAAGUUUGGUUAAGCUUCUCAGUAAAGAAGGGGUAAAGUGUUGCGCAGAUGGCACCAGCAGUCAUCACAUUUACAUGGUGAUGUCAUGCAAGAACCAUCUACCUUCCCCACCCAGCGGUCCAAUAGUAUUUACUAGUGCUGGCAUUCCGUGACGUCUUUGCUAAUGUUCCAUGUGUUACCUUCUCUGCAUUUUUUCUCCUUGCCAUCAUCGUCCGUGGACAGCUGUUUUCUUGCAUCUCAGUUUCGUCAUUUAGACUUAAGGGUAUUGGUUGAUUUUCCUUUAGUAUUUAAGCAGUGUUUAGCUCCUGUUGUUUCAAUUCACUUCCUUAAAGAUGAAAUCAUUGACUGGCACUCUUUAGUUUACAGAUUCGCAUAUAUUUUCCGUUGAGCCUAUCUAUAAAUUAUACGAUACAAUUUGGCAAUUUGCCACUUUUCCGUCAAUAAAUAUUCACUAAUU